AGGUUCAAAACUCUAGGUAUUAAACAAUUUCAAGCGAGUCGUCAUGACGCCCACGCUCUCUUUGCUCGCAUUAUGCAGUUCUGUGCUGCUCGUUCAAGCUCAACUCAACUGUCCGGACAUUUCCGAAGUCUGUGACAGUAAUCCCUGUACAAACGGUGCUCGCUGUCCAAGAUUCCUCAAUUCUGAAUGCAGAGUGAACACUUGCGGUGGAAUAUGCUCACCAACUUUCUUCUUUCGAGGACGCAAUGUCACAAGUCGAUGCGAAACGCUCCGAACAUGUGUGUCGAGAAGAUGUCCUCCUCGUAGAUCGCAGUGUGUUGAUGAGGUAGUGGAGUCUUGCAACAGGAGAGGCCAGUGCAGACAGAGGCUUGAAGGAAGAUGUAUUGUACCUCCCACAACACAGCAACCCAAUACCGUCUCAACUUCAGCCACUCCCUUACCAACUAACAGCACUCCCUUCACUACGUCACCAACAGGGAAUCCCUUUACUACCAACCCUUCACCGACUACACCAACUAAUUCUUCUUUAUGUACCCAAGACUGUUCCAGUUUUGGUCUGCAGUGUAUUCCAAUUUCGUCUACUGUAAAUGGCGAAACUAUAGUAACUGGGACAUGUUUGCCACUGUUUGGACGCAAUUGUGAAGACAUUGAUUGCCCUGAUAAUCAAGAGUGUUUUAUACAAUCGUUUGCUGAAAGAAAUAUAACAUACUCGCAAUGUGCUCCUUUUUCUGACAUUUUUCGAGUGAUGCCCUCAUGUGCAACAACACAAUGCCCUGAGGGAACUGUGUGCAUUGAUUUACGCUCUGGAGACAUGCAAGUAACGGGGACAUGCUUAGCAACAAACUGUGCGAACAGUAACUCUUGUAACACUCAGUUGGGGGAAGUUUGCACAUUAGUUCCAGGUGAAUUUGGAUUUGACAAUAUCAGUUCUGUCUGCAUUCCAAGUUUUACUCAGUUUGAGUUCGGAACUGAAAGUUGCGAGCAAAGUGGUCGAGUAUGCCCUGACCUUACAGUUUGUCAAGAAACAUUUCUUAAUGACGAUAUUUUCGGUGCUUUUUGCAUUGUUAACAUACUUAACACGGAUUGCAGUCAAGUUAGCUGCAGUGAAAAUGAAGAGUGUGUAACAACCUCUCUUUUUUCUAGCUCUCAGAGUGUAGCUAUCUGUACGCCAAACAGCAUUAUCCCUCUCCUCUUACAAAUUUUGGAAGCCCUCGGUCUAGUGGAAAGUUCAACAACUACCCCACCAAAUACAGUAUCAACUUCAGCCACUCCCCUACCAACUAACAGCACCCCCUUCACUAUGUCACCAACAGGGAAUCCAUUUACUACUCUUGUUCCACCAACACCCCCGUCAAAUACGAGUUGUCCCUUCACUUGCUCGUUUGGAGCAACUUGUGAGUUUUUAAAUGGAUUCCCAACCUGUGUACAACCAACAACAUGCACAGACGAUUUUACUGCAUUCUGCAUGCAAACCGGUUUUGUCUGUCAAGAAUCCAAUGGCACAUCACGAUGUGUUUCUCCAAGCAGCUGUGAAGAACUAGCGACUGUGUCACCAUGCCCUAAUGGAUCGCUAUGUGUUGUAAUACCUCCGUUUAUAUUUCCAGGCCUUAAUGAUACCACAGCAACCUGCUUGCCUCUGAUUGGUCGUAGCUGUGAAGAGAUAACUUGCAGUGAAAAUGAAGUGUGCUUAGUGACAGAGCUGGCAGAGAGGGAAUUGACAGCUGCUCAAUGUGAAGUAUCCCGAAAUGUAAUCUCCCUUAUACCUGAGACGUGUGCUACUCUGCAAUGCAACGAGGGAAGCGUGUGUGUCGAUCUACAGAUAAAUGGAUUCCCUGUGACAGGUGCAUGCCUAGAAACAAACUGUGGAAACAGUGGAAAUAACACAGCAUGUGAUGGUGGUAGUAGGUGCAUCGAGGUGCCUUCUGAAUUUGAAAUACCGGCAGAAUCACUGUGUGUUCCUUUUAAUGUGGCUCCUCAGUUUGGAACUCAGACAUGUGCUGAAAAUGGACGAGUCUGCGAGUCGUUCCAAGUUUGCAACGAGGCAUUCAUUAAUGGUAGUAUAAUUGGUACGGCUUGUAGCCAGUUUUCAAGUAUCAUUGCUUCAACUUGCCAAGACUCCAUGUGUGGAGAUGGUGAAGAAUGUAUACUUAGAACAGUCGAGGGCUUUGGGACAGUGCAGAAUUGUCUAUCUACCGACGCUGCUGAUACAUCAGCAAUGUUUUUUGAGUUUAUUUUCGCAAACAUUUAAUCACAUUUUUGCAUACCUCUUUUAUGGUAGCUAUACAAAUACUGUUUCAUUGUGCUUGCAUGUAUAAUUAACAUUCCUUCUGGAUCACCGCUGUAUAGCUGUAAAGUGAUGUACAUCGUAUAGCGCAAAAUUUUCGAGGCACUUAUAUUUCGUGGAUUGGCCUCUAAAAGCAUUUCGUUGCACAAUGUUCACGGAAUAACUGCUUACUGGAAGCCACACCUUUAAAUCUUUGCACGUUAUAGCAGAUAAUUUUAAUUAAAGAACAAUUUUCGUGUACUUAA